CCUAAAACACGGAUUCUGCAUGCGGCGCGACGUCCUCACAGCCUCGUCGUGCUGAGGUCGGUAUACAUCGUGCAACGCAGCUGCCGCUGAAUUGUGUCUCUCCACACUGCCGAGCUCACCAGACCAUCAACACCAGUUCUGAACAAAGCGCGCUAAUGCGACGCGCCAAAUAGGGGCCUCUUCAAACUCAACGACAUGGCUAUUUGGAAACGACAGACCUCAGGUCAUAACGGCGCCUUCGACCCUACCUACCGGUUCUCGACGUCGUGGAUCCUUCCGCCGGGUGUACUCUUCUUCGCGCGCGCGCUUCUCUCGCUAUAUGCCUUCGCGACACUUUUCUACAUCUUUGGUUGGAACGGGGCACAUGGGAGGAACAUAGACUCUCGACGUUCGUUCUCAUUCUUCACCAUCCUGACAUACUGGGGGCUUGCAUUCUACUUCGCAUUUGCUGCUGCACAUACUGGAAGCUACUGGCUUACGGGUAGGCCCUUUCUGAACCGCUGGUUCGCUCCCCUCCGGUGGGCCCACAGCGCUUUCUACUCCACCAUAACUGUGUAUCCUUUCAUCGUGACUGCGGUAUUUUGGGCUCUGCUCGCACCGAAGAAUGGCUUCGCUUCUACCAAAGACCUGUGGUCCAACACAUCCCAACAUGCGCUCAAUUCGUUCUACGCCCUCUUCGAGAUAGUGAUCCCCCGGACAGAGCCUCUUCCGUUUCUCCACAUGAUCGUCAUCGUCUUCAUCUUGGCCUUGUAUCUUUCCCUGGCUUAUCUUACCCAUGCCCUGCAGGGCUGGUAUACAUACGAUUUCUUGAACCUGGACAAGCAUUCGAGCGGGGUCGUGGCAGGUUACAUUGUUGGAAUCCUAGUGGGGUCCCUCAUUAUAUUUCUUAUCGUCAGGUACUUGAUAUUGCUGCGCAUGUGGCUCACGGAAAAGAAACUGGGCAAGACUGGAAAGUUUUCUAACCGUGACCACCGAAGCAUGAGGGACGAGGAAGUAGGGAAGCAUGAAGAAAUGCAUAGCAUGGGCGUCAAAUAGUGAAGCUUGCAGUAGUGAAGCUAGUUAAUGUUUAUCUUAGGCUUUGGAUUCUAUUUCUGUACACCGUACCCGCAUCAGCAGCCGGCGAGUGGAGGCCGUGCAAUCAUCAAU